UCACUUCAACAGAUAGCAGGCCACGGCCAGGCAGCAGGUCACUUCAACAGACAGCAGGCCACAGCCAGGCAGCAGGUCACUUCAACAGACAGCGGGCCAUGGCCAGGCAGCAGGUCACUUCAACAGACAGCGGGCCACGGCCAGGCAGCAGGUCACUUCAACAGACAGCGGGCCACAGCCAGGCAGCAGGUCACUUCAACAGACAGCAGGCCACGGCCAGGCAGCAGGUCACUUCAACAGACAGCAGGCCACGGCCAGGCAGCAGGUCACUUCAACAGACAGCAGGCCACGGCCAGGCAGCAGGUCACUUCAACAGACAGCAGGCCACGGCCAGGCAGCAGGUCACUUCAACAGACAGCAGGCCACGGCCAGGCAGCAGGUCACUUCAACAGACAGCAGGCCACGGCCAGGCAGCAGGUCACUUCAACAGACAGCAGGCCACGGCCAGGCAGCAGGUCACUUCAACAGACAGCAGGCCACAGCCAGGCAGCAGGUCACUUCAACAGACAGCAGGUCACAGCCAGGCAGCAGGUCACUUCAACAGACAGCAGGCCACGGCCAGGCAGCAGGUCACUUCAACAGAUAGCAGGCCACAGCCAGGCAGCAGGUCACUUCAACAGACAGCAGGCCACGGCCAGGCAGCAGGUCACUUCAACAGACAGCAGGCCACAGCCAGGCAGCAGGUCACUUCAACAGACAGCAGGCCACAGCCAGGCAGCAGGUCACUUCAACAGACAGCAGGCCACAGCCAGGCAGCAGGUCACUUCAACAGACAGCAGGCCACAGCCAGGCAGCAGGUCACUUCAACAGACAGCAGGCCACAGCCAGGCAGCAGGUCACUUCAACAGACAGCAGGCCACAGCCAGGUAGCAGGACACUUCAACAGACAGCAGGCCACGGCCAGGCAGCAGGUCACUUCAACAGACAGCAGGCCACGGCCAGGCAGCAGGUCACUUCAACAGACAGCAGGCCACGGCCAGGCAGCAGGUCACUUCAACAGACAGCAGGCCACAGCCAGGCAGCAGGUCACUUCAACAGACAGCAGGUCACGGCCAGGCAGCAUCACAGUGCAGUUAGAUUGGACACACUGACUGACAAUAACACAUUAUUGUUGUUGCAUUAUCUUCACUACUUGGUAUAGUACUGUGGUAAAUUUACAUUUUUUAGUACUCAAAUAUCAAACUUAAAACAGAUAUUUCAGUAUUAAAUGAGUAAAUGUAAAUCACCAACAACAGUGAUUUAGCAUGGAUUAUUUCACUACAUC